CACACCAGCUGGGCAGCAUGAACCCCUGACUAUGCGCUUGUGGAAUAUUCUCAAAAACAACUAUGUGGACACCGCCAUCGUUAGUGAAAUGAUACAAAAUGCGGAAGAUGCAGGAGCUCAGGAAGUUCGCUUUCUCAUUGAUAUGAGAAAAAACGAAAAUGCAAACCUGAAACUAUUCGAUCCUGAAAUGAAGUCUUGUCAUGGACCAGCCCUUUGGGUAUACAACGAUGCCGUAUUCACAGACCAAGACUUUGAAAAUAUUCUUCGUCUUGGAGGGCGUACCAAGGAAAAGGACGCUGAAAAGAUUGGGAAGUUUGGGACCGGUUUCAACUCGGUGUACCGCCUAACUGAUGUUCCAAGUUUGGUUAGUAGGAACUACAUGCAGUGUUUCGACCCUCAUACCACACACCUUGGAAACGUUCUCCCGAACAAGAGUCAACCUGGGGUUCGUCUCAGAUUGAAUAGCUCCAAACCACUCCGGAGAUUCUCAGAUCAGUUCAAGCCAUUCAAGGGAGUGUUCGGGCUCGAUUUCAGUGGAGGAAAUGAGCCAUUCAACUACAACGGAACACUCUUUAGACUGCCCCUCCGUUCUAAAGAAGCUGCACAGAAAAGCCAAAUAUGUAAGGAAAGCUACGAUGGGGAGAAACUGAUCAACCUGAUGCAGAAAAUGUGGGAAUCAUCACAAAACCUCCUGGUGUUCACCAAAAAGGUAAAGAAGGUUGCCCUGUUCUACCUUUCUGAGAAUUCUAGCGAUCCUUCGAGGGCUGACGAGUUACUCACCAUACAGAAGACCGUGCGAUCUCCGAGGAUGAAGGACGAUAGUACCGUCAUUUCAACUGAAUCAAUCCACUGCACAAUGACUGCAAAGGGAAAUGAAAUGAUGUCACAGAAACAUGAAGUUAGUGGAGACCUGGACAUAGUCAAAGUGAUAUGCAAGACUUCAGAACAGGCAGCAUCUCUCGCAAAAUCUCCAGAAGGCAAAGAGUGUGGACUUUCACCUGAAGGUGCGGUUGCCUUUCCUUUUCAUAGACCACCAAUGUCUGAAUCUGAGAAGCAGAUCUACUGCUUUCUUCCCCUCUCAAUUCCCAGCUUGUUCCCGGUACAUAUCAACGGAUCUUUCGCUGUAAAAGAGGAUCGGCGGAGUCUUCACAUGCCAGUGCCCGAUGGAAGGUUGCUAUCUGAGAAAUGGAAUCACAUACUUCUUACAGAUGUGAUAUGCAGAGCGUACGUUGCACUCUUGUCUGACAGUGAGUUUAUUCAACAAGUGAAUGACACAUAUGGCUCAGAUAUUUCUCCUGAGGAGUUGUGGCCAGAUAUUGAUGACAUACCAAAUAAUUCAGAAUGUUCGGCUCUGUUUGACGCUUUCUACAAAGCAAUGGUAUAUGGGUUUGAUGGCCGUGAAUCAUCAUUGUUCUGGAAAGAUGGCAAAUCGCAUCAGUUCACGAAUGUUGUGUUCCUUAGUGAAGAAGUUCAGAAAGAGACAUCAGUCAGUGAUGUGGUAACCAAGGUACUACGCGACCAUCUCCCCUCAAUGGAAGUGAUGUCAUUGACCGAGAAAACUUGGAGAGCCAUAAGAAGAGUAGAGCUGAUAGAUGAAGUUCUCAAGAGAACUUAUGAUUUCAACAGGUUCUUCGAUGAAGUCUUUCUACCACACAUCAUUCAGAUGCCGGACAACAUCAGAAAUCAACUGGUUUUGUUUGCACUCAAUAAAAGUGAAGACACACUACAGCAGAAACUAAAAGAUGUGGAAUGCAUACCAGUAGAGAGAGGAUCUGAACUGCGGAAACCUUGUGAUCUAGUACACCCGAAAGGCAAAGCUGCACCUUUGUACUCGGAGUCUAAAAAGGUUUUCCCUCUAAGAGAAAAAUUCAAUGGCACCAACACAUUAGCGUCACUAUCUAAGCUAGGAAUGGUGAAAGACUAUCUUCAUGAAGAUAUUUUCGUCGAGCGAUGCGAGACUGUUCACAUUCUGCAUUCAAGCUGUAUGGAAGGAGCUCAAACGAGAUGCCAUGCUGUACUGAAGUAUCUUUCGGAGAUGUUGAGGAGUGAAUGGAAUGGGAAGAAAAACCUCAGAGAAAGGCUUGCGAGUAUCCCAUUCUUGCCUAUCUUGUGUGAAGAAAACAGAGAUCCAGCUCUACCAUGGGUGGAAAGGGACUGUGCUUAUGCAUCUGCUAACGAUGUGUACUCUCAUUCUAAAACAUAUUUGGUAAGCAGCACAACACACGUUGUAGAUGAAUCAAAACAGUGGAAGCUUUCCUGGAAAGUAGAGCACUUUCUUGGUCUUUCAGAUAAAUAUCCCUCUGUCCAAGACGUACUCAAGCAGUUCUCGAACUUUCGUAUUCACUACGAAAUGAAUACUGAAUGCAUUUCUGAUCAUCAGUUACAAAUGAUAUGCGAGGCGGUCUAUGAGCGUGUUGAAAUCGCAUGUAAAGACAAUAGUCCAGACAUCUCCAACGAAGAUCUUCAGAAUCAAUCAUUCUUCCUUGUAGAUCGCAAGUUUGUAGUGGCCUCUAUGGUUGCCUAUGGAGGUAGAGAUCUUCCACCGUAUCUAUUUAAAGCUUCUCAGUUCCUGAAACAAUAUCCAAGUCUUCUGGAACGUGCAGCAUUAAAGAGGGAAUUUGAUGCCGGAGACUAUCAAGGUGUUCUCCAAUCUAUACACGAGGAUAGCAGUGGGGAACCUUUAGAUGAUGGGGUCUUGGAGGUUGCCAUCCUAGCUGCCGAGCGACUAGCCAGUUUCCUAAAAGAUGAUGAUGAUGGGAAACCAACUCCAGAUAGAUUUCUCCCAGAUGAGCACAAGUGCAUGAGGCCUGUAUUAGAUCUCUGCUACAGUGACGUUGACUGGUUUGAAUACGACGAAGUCAAACUCCAUAAGUGUCACAUGAGAAUCAGUCUUUUGCUUGCAAAGAAGUUGAAAGUGAAGGGUGUUCGACAACAGGUGCUCCGGCCAUUAGAUAUGGAUUUCCCUGGAGAAGAAUUUGGCCAGCAUGAGGAACUUACAAACCGUAUCAAGAGAAUUCUUGAUUCAUACCCGUCUGAUGAAACAAUACUAAAAGAACUUCUUCAGAAUGCAGAUGAUGCUGGGGCAACUGAAAUCCACUUUGUCUACGAUAAUCGCUUACAUAGUGGAAAUAAGCUUCUAGGAGAUGACAUGAAAGCUUUGCAGGGACCUGCUCUUUGUGUCUUCAACAACAAGUCUUUUACAGAUGACGAUAUUCGUGGGAUACAGAAUCUUGGAGAAGGUAGCAAAGCUGAUCACAUAGGAAAGAUAGGCCGUUAUGGGGUCGGUUUCAAUGCGGUGUAUCAACUCACGGAUUGCCCAAGUUUCAUCUCCAAUGGUGACCGAUUAUGCAUGUUUGACCCUCUGCUGAAAUAUAUUCCGGGAGCAACACCGAUUAAGCCGGGCCUUCAGAUAAAAGUUAAUGGCAGUGUGCGUUCUUCGUUCCCAGAUAUCUUUCAAUGUUACUUGGAAGACGUACUUGCAGAUGGAGAAGAGGACUUUACUGUAUUUCGUUUUCCACUGCGGGAGAAAGCUUCGACACUCAGCAAAAACGUAUGGCAAGCUACAAAGAUUCGGAAGCUACUACAAGAUUUUGAGGAUGCUGCAUUAGAGAGUCUUUUGUUUCUGAAAAACAUCACUAAAAUCAGCAUAUCAGAGGUAACAAGAUCAGGAGCUAUUGGCUCUACUCGUACUAUCACAGCAGAGAUAACCGAAGUGGAAGGUGAAAAGAAAAUGGAUUUCCUGCGCAAAGUUCAAGAUAUCAGUAGAGCAGCAAAGGAUGACAGUACCUGGCAACCAGAACCAGCAGGAGUCAUAUACCAGAUGAAAUUGAAAGGGACAGGAAGAGAUGAGGAUUGGGUGAUAUGUCAGCAAGUAGGAAGUGCAAACACGGUUGAAGAAAACAUAAUGCGAAAACAUAAACUACUUCCAGUGGGAGCUGUUGCUGCCCGUCUGACAGAUAAAAGAGGGGAACUCAAAGGAAGGGCUUACUGCUUCUUACCCCUUCCCAUUGCAACGGGACUACCAGUUCAUGUGCACGGAUACUUCGCCUUAGACCAUGAGAGUAGAAGACACUUGUGGGACGGUAGCAAGACAGAUGAACAAACAAAGUGGAACUUUCAUGUCACCCAGAAAGUUAUUGCACCGGCUUAUGUGAAUUUGCUGUUGUGGAUAAAAGAAUUCUUUGUCAAGAAAUAUGAAUGGUCACGAUCGAUGUCAUGUGAACAGAAAGCUCACACUUUGAAACUACUUCAGAAAUACCACACUUUCUUUCCUAACAUCGGCGAGAAAGGGUCGUACUGGAAAGAGCUUGAAGCCACUGUAUACGAAAUUGUUGCCUCGAAAGCCCUGAUGCUAUUUCCUUCUCUAUACAGAAAAGAUGAUGGCAACUGGGACUUUUUCCUAACAUGGAAGACCCCUGUCGUGCACAUGCAGUCUCCAGACGAAUCAAAGGUGGGCUAUUUCAACACACUGCCAAACCAAAUGAGUGAUCACUUCACAUUCCCUACAAGUAGCUCCUCGAAGGCUGAGAUGCAAGAAAAUGUGAAAAGACUAAAGGAGACACUGAUCGAAAUCACAUUUCCAUUACUAGAGUCUCCGACAUGGGUAAUGCACAGUCUCCGUAAUGCAUGCAAGCAUCUCAAUCAGGAAACCAUGAACCGUGAAUCAGGCAACUAUGAAGUUCUUGAAGUUUUACCUUCAAAUGUGGUGUCGUUCCUUGGCGGAGACAAUCCCCUUCAGAGGCAAUUACCAAUGCCACUUUCAAAGUCAAGGAUCCAAGACGAGAAGAGACUGAAGGGACUCAUUAAUUACUGCAAGAAGGGAACAAAAUCUAACUUCAAGGACAGUCUCCACGGACUACCAUUGCUCUUCACUCAGGAUGGAAACUUGAGGAGGUUAUCACGUGAUGAGCGAGUCUUUGCAUCAGAAUUCUGCGAUAUUUUCAUUCCUCAGAGUCAUAGGUUUUUACAUAAAAACUUUCUAGACACUCUACCACGAAAUACCAGUGUCUUUUGUGAGCUUGGUGUGAGAGCAGUAUCUACACUUCUUGAUGAUUGCCACCCUUAUCUCGAGUGUGCUUCAGAUGAAAUAAUAACGCUCCAGAACAACCUUUCAUCUGAAUGGUUUGUACGUUUGUGGAGUCUUCUUGAAUCCUUCUGCACAGAGACGACCAAGUGGACUGAUUUUGCUCACGAUAUCAGAGUUGAACUUGGCCGUUGGGCGAUAUUACCUGUCACUGAAACAAAAACUCAGUAUCAUCGUGAAAUUAAGCUUGUGGCACCUGUCAGUUUAUCCUCUACGAUAAUAGUCCAACCAACCGAGUCGUAUUGGCCAAUCUACUCCGCACUUAAAUCACUGAACGUCUACAUGGUCGAAAAUUCCAUUCUUCACGAAGACAAUUCUAGAUUGAUACAUCAUCUCGUCACCCACAAGGGCGAUAGCACGAGGGUCUUAGAUGCUUUGAUGUACUGGGCUGAUAGAGACCUCGAGAGAUUUGGAAACCUCAAAGCUGAUCAGCAUGAAGAAAUCCUGAGAUUCUUCAGUAACUGUGAGAGCCAAGCUGAUCUCAAGAGGCUGAAGAGCCUGCCUUGCUUCAAAUCGAUUGCAGGUGACUUUGUCAGUAUCAGAGAAUUCGACACAGUUCUUGUCCUCCCAAGCAUGAUUCCGAAACAGGAACAAGAUAAAUGGGUUAGUACCUCUCGUGCUAUAUUCCUACAGUACAACAUAUCGCUUAAAUCUCUAUACAAGAAGCUAGGAUUGACUGAUACAACGGAGAUGGACGUAUAUGAAAAGUACAUUCUGCCGGUCUUUGACCAACUCAGCGAGGGCAGUCGUCUUGAACAUCUUGUGCGGAUCAAACAACUACUACAACCGCUACCCAUUCAUAACCCAAAUAAGUCCUUUAGUGGAACUAGGGAGGAAGCUAGUCAGAGAUUAAGAUUAAGUGACCUGCGUUUCAUAACCGGUGCAAAUGGGGAAUUGCUGAAGGCCAAGGACUUCUAUGACCCAGAAGUCAAGAUAUUUUCUCUAAUGUGGAAGGAGGUCCAGCUUCCACCAAAGCGCGUCAUGGUUUCUUUAGGCCUUCGUUUCCUUCGAGAAAUAGGACUACAAGUUGUUAUUACCAGAGACUUAUUCCUCUCCUUUGCCCAGCAGGUGCAGCUAUCACACUCUGACCUUAAGGAGAUGAAAGAGAAGUCCACUGCCCUUGUGUUUGAAUUGAGAAGGAGAUGUGAUCUUCACAAAGACUCUUCUUUCCUACAGCGAGUCGGUAUGGUUGACUUUCUUGUGAGUGACGGGAUCAGCACAGAGAUGAAAUCUAUCCACCCACCCUUCAUGAAUAAAGGAACUCUCAUGAGGUAUUCUGGAUCCAGUUCUUUCGAACACAUACGACUGUUAUGGUCCACCAACAGCGUCCUGCCACAUUAUACGGCUUCUGGGAAAUGCUUCUCUUGUGGUAUAAGUAUCCAUGAGAAAAUGGGCGUUGCACAGGACCCUGCAUUUAUGAGUGUUAUCCAGCAUUUACGGAAUAUAUGUAACAGACUCCAACAGAAGAAUGACAAGAAGAUAUCUUUCCCUGAAAAUCUAGCUAGUGUACUACAGGAAAUAUUGACAUUCGUUUCCUCCAAGUGCGCCGGACAAAACUGCUCUCAGGAACACCCCUGUGGAAGGUGCUGUAUCAUCAGAGAUGAGUUGCGAAACGUACCUAUUGUCUUUUUGGAGCUCGAGGAUGAGCAUCGCUUAGUCAAAGCAGAACAGAUAUCACGUACGAUGGAAGGAAAUCUAGAGCCUUUUCUAUACCAGCUGCCAGACAAGUGGGUUCCUUUCUUCAAGUUAUUUCAAAUUCUUGGUGGAACGGUGAAACCUUCCAUACGCCAAUAUGCUUUUGUUCUUGAAAGCCUCUACGAAAGGGGACAGUGUGCAUGGUCAAACCCGAAUGUAGUCAACAUGGUAGACAAGGCCACAUGUGGCCUUUAUGAAGAGUUAAUGAAGACCAAUCCUGCACAGAUAGCUGCUGCUUUUGUUCCCGGACACUCCCUGUAUCUACCUUCAUGUCAGCGAAGUUUGGAACGAUCAGAUCGCCUUCUAGUGAAUGAUGUGGAACACUACACAAACCGACUUAGAUCUAAUCUACCACUCGUCAAGAUCUUUCAAAGUCACGAACGAAUCGCGCGAGAAGCUUUCGCCAGGCUUCCUGACAGGAUGAAACCGAAAGCAGUAAGCGCAGAAGUGAAAGAAAUGUUGAGCAAGACUGGUAACGAUUCGCAAAAGUGUUUCUUGACUGGAAACGAACCAUGUGAGUUUGGAAGAAGACUUCAAAUCCUGCAGUCUCAGGAGUUUCUUAAGGCGGUUUGCUCCAUCAUGAAGCACAACAGUCAAAAAGUGGACGAGGAGACCAGGAAACGGUAUAGAGAUUGCCUUACUGGACUGAAGAUUACAUGUAUGCAGCAGUUACAUUCGAUUCUGCAAAUCAAUGGCCAAGACAUAGAAGGUAGUGAAACCGAAGUACCUUCCUUCAUCAACAGUGAUAAUGAGCUGUUUGUACAACAUAGUGAAGAAGAAAAUAGAAUGGAAACACUAUUAAGUGUUGCAAUCCAUGUCAACCAAGUCCUUGGAAAUGUGUUUGAGGAUACAAAUUAUAUGUCUAUCCUGCUAUCUCCAGAAUCCCCAGCUAAAAUCCCGAAAGCACUAGCGAAGUUCGGCAUUGCCGUAGAAAACAUGGAAGAUGACACAAGUUUCAAGUUGCCUAAUCCUGGAAGUACUAUUCCAGAACAACUCUACCACCUCAUAGAACACGACCCCUGGACGUCUUUUAGCACAGGCGAAUAUAUAGGCUACGCACAAACCGAUGAAGACGGUGACUACUACAUAUACGCAGUAGUGGAUGAGAGGAUAUGCAAUGAGUCGCUCAAGUCAGUUUAUCUCAUCGGCAUUGGACAGGACAGCCCAAUAGAAGCCAAUGUGGUGGACAUGCACAAGCUUCACAUCCCGAAGUCCACAUCAGGUAUGGAGCUUGUUCCAUCUGACAAAGUAAACUCAGAUGAUGCUGGACCAUGUCUUUCUGGUCAUCGGGAAUCAUCUCUUCCGACUGAUAUUGAAGAAGCAAAGCAACAGGUGACUGCAGAAUUGGAGGAGAUCUGGCAGCUUCCAGAGGAGCAGAAAAGGAAGGCUCUUCGCCGAUUGAUGUUAAAAUGGCAUCCAGACAAGCAUCCAGAAGGUUCGAAGGAACUGUUUGACGAAGCAUUUAAACAUCUCCAGAGCGAGCUACAAAGACUAGGAACGGGUCUUUCAAAAACAAGUUCAUCGUAUGAAGACCUUUUCAAAUCGGCUGAACAGAGAGCAAAGGAAGAUCGACAACGGUAUACUGACUUCGGAGGAUUUGAAUCAGGAUUUUGGGCAGGAGCUGGUUUUGGUUUUGGAGGAGGAGGGGGUAGAGGGGGUUCUGGAUCAGCUAACUGGAAUAGCUUCUUCACUGAGGCUUCGAGAUCACCAGAUAUCCGCAAUGCACGCCGUUGGCUACGCCAGGGACAAGAAGAUCUCCGUGCUGCCCAACACGAUCUUAACCCACAUGAUGAGCCGUCACUAGAGUGGGUGGCGUACAAGUGCCACCAGAGUGUAGAAAAGGCCCUCAAAGCUGCUCAACUUGCUAUCAGAGGAUGUUACAGUUGUACCCAUAACAUUUACGGUUUAGCCUGUGACGUCAGUGAACACACGAGUGAACACGUGCGUGAACACGUAAUAUCAUCAGAAUUUCUCCAUAACGUACGCCAGCUCAGUUCUCUCGUGGGUGAUCAACGGCCUCGGUACCCGGAUAGAUGCGCCUCCUCACAGAUUCCUCACGAGGUCUUUAACGACAAAUCCAAAGGUGAGGAAAUGAUCCAGCUCGCCCGUAAAAUUAUUGCAGUGGUUCAAACAUCAUUGGUUCCGUCCAGAUCAUGAACACAAGGUUCGAAGUAUACGUAUCUAGGUAUACACAAAUAUUGCUUUCGUUUCCACUUCUUUUACAUAAACGACAUACCUGCAUUGUGAAACUGAAGCAAAACGUGAGUGACCAUAUUCUUCUAGUGACUCUUGCGAGAAGAUUUGUACUUAUGAAAGCGGUAACAGUAUUUGUAAUCGCGCUAAAAUAACCAGUUUGUACGUAGCCCAUGAUACACCUGACCCCAAAUAUCCACAGAUCUUUUACACAUGGGGCUCUCCCACUUUGUGCACUUUAGAAUUAUCCCUGCCAAAGUCAUGGAUGUACAUCUCUCAGCCCUCUUGAGAAGAAUGCUUCCUCAUGUGUUCCUUAGAACUGUCGGUGCAUACAUUGAUAAUGAUGACAUAAAUUUCAUGAGCACGUAUCCAAUAUUCGUCUGACCUUCAUCUGCCUUUGCGCAGAUUAUAUUCAUGAAUUUGCUUAUUAUUAUCACUUUGACUCAAAACCAUACAAAUAGUAAAUUCGGUUGAUUUAUGAAUUGAUUACUGAUGCUAUCAUGCCCUUUUGUUCCUCUCACUCUGGUCGCCAUAUUUCGUUUACUAAUGUAUCAUUCAAACGAAGUACUUUAAUUCGUAUGCAUUGAAGUUUGAUUUACAGGGCGAUUCAACCCUUGUGAUAACUUCAUUUGUAUAAAAGAAAAAUAAGAGAAACAGAAAGGCGAAAGUUUGAAAUAAAUGAUUAGCAGUUUGGUGACAAUUGUGAUAAUGACGUAGUUGCGGAUGACUCUCCCGUUUGUCGCGUACAAAAAUACCAUUAAUUCCUGUUUUCCUCCUUAUUGCCUUCUCCCUUGGGGCACUACUCAAAAAUAUUAUGGAUAACAUCUAAUCAAGAAUAGACCCAUCUGAGUCACACAUUUUUUUAAUUGAAAUUUUGAUCAUUUUGUGUUGGAACAAAUGGGAAAUUUAUCCCACACUACAUCACAAAGACAUUACCGAUACCUUUACCUGCUAGACAAUUUGAUUGACGCAGCGGAUGCGUAUUAUAAUGUCAUUAAAAAUAAACAUUGAACGUGCAACGUAAAUAGUCUUGUCAUCCGUACAGAAUCGACUUGUUGGAAAAGAUGGAAAUACUAUUUCCCUCAAAAUAAAUUUUGUAUUCUAUUUUCCGACAGUCAGAUGGCACUCUUUUUUAGAUGGGUAUUUAACUGAUGUUAUGUGAAAUGUUUAUACAGGUGUAAUUAAGUAUAGUGUCAUUUGAUAUCAAUGAUCGUAAUAUCGAAUAUUUCGGAAAUUGUUUACCAUUUUAAAAUAUACCAUAUUAUUGAGUUUAUGUGUGAUGUCAGCACAAUCGUAUCUAUUAGGCCCUCACUGAGAAAAUUCAAUGAUAGCUAUUCAGUUUAAACGUCUAUCUUCUACUGGUGUAAUGGAAAUUGUGGUUUCUCUUGCUUUGAAUUGCGAAUACAAUUGUAUCUAUGAUUAAAAGGAAUAUAUUCAUAAUAUUCAUGAUAUCAAACAAAACAACAAACAAACUAAAAUGUAAAUAUUAUGUAUUUUCAGCAUUUUUUUAAAAAUAAUCAAUACUGAAUACCGCAUCAUUAAAAUGAAUGAUAGAUUACAAUAUGUUUUGCCAAAACUGUUAUUAAGUGUACACCCUUUCUGUGAUACACAUUUUCUUAGUUGUUGCUCUACUGUAGAAGAAGUGUUAUAUUUUACAGAUUUGUUGUAUACAUCCUAAUCUUUGUGAAUAUAUGUUUUGUAAUGUUAAAAGCAAUUGUAGAAUAUAACAAUGUAUGGUAGUUAUGACUGUACUGUAUUCUCACUGACUUAUUCACAUACAUAAGUUGCAUUGAUAUAUGAUAAUGUUCUAACGACGAAUGACUUUUUUAUUCAAGUGUCAUACGAUGGAGAAAUUUGUGUAAAUAAUGUUUUACUUUUGUACAUAAUCGUUUGCGAGACUUUUCCAUAUUAUAUACCUGUUAUGAUUGCGUCAAAAUAUUCUAUCAACAGAAUAUAAUGAAGCCAUUGGCGCCACAAUACAAUGGAUUGACUUAACUGUAUUAUCUUCAAGAUUUCAUAUCAUAUCAUAGUAUUACAAACUAUGUUGCUGUUGUUUAUUGCGUCAAAAUAGACAAAGAGAUUUUAUGGACGCGUUGAUAAUGAUGUAUGUUAGAAGGUGAAUUCAUAUAAAUAUAUUUCGUUAUAUAUAAAUAUUACACGGUUUGUACAGAAGUGUAAUAUCAACUGCAGAAAUAACAUUGCUUGCUGCCACAUUUUUAGAUCACAGUUAGGAUGUACAGAACAUUUUGUGAUAUUACAACUUAAUUAUAUACAAAGUACAAUGUAUAUAGUUAUGCAACCGGAACUAUAAUGUAAUGUUAUUGAAUUUCACUGAAUUUGUUCAACACGACAUUUAAAGACAGCAUUCUAUAUAUUCAUUCACACCAGUGUUUUCUUGUUAAUACAAAAAGAGCAUUUUUCCCAUGAACUUGUGCUCAAGUUGAUGACCGAAAAUUAUGUGUCGUUCAUGAAAUUGGCACAUUCCAUUUUAUCUCAAAUAAUGUAUUUCAUGAUUUUGUAGAAUCUUGAGUGACUCUUUUGGUAAUUUUACUGACAAUAUGAUAUCGCAGUUAGUAUUUGUAUACAGAGUAUACCACUCCUGUGAGCUAUUAUGGGGUGUAUGUUUUUUUAUUUAUUAUCAUGUGUAUGUAUAUAUUGAUUAUGAUUUACAUUACAUAAUGUAGUGUAACCUUUAAGAAUUGAAGGGAAACGAUAAUUUCUCUACUGAUUAUAUUUAAAUAUUGGUUUGUACUGAGCAUAGGUGUAUGGAGCCCCGAUCUAAAAGAAAUUGCAAUUUGGUUCCGUUUCGAACAUAAUAACUUAUGAUCUUUAAUAGUUUCCGAAGACUCCUUUGUUUUCCACGUACAGUUUUAUUAUAUAGGACAUUUAUGAUUGUCAAGAAAUUGUAUGCAUUCUGUUACAAAUAUGAUUUAACUGUUAAGAAGAUUGUUAUUCAUAGUUUGUAUUUGUGCAUUUGUUUAUAUACUUGAUUUUAUAGCCUGUAUGUGCAGAUGAGUAAGUAGAAGAAAUAGGAAAAACCAAAAUAUGAUAAAAAAUACAAUGUUGGUUUGAUAUUACACGAUUGUGUAUAAAUAUUUUACAGUUUAUUUGAGGAUGUUUUUUCUUUUCUUUUUUCACUUUAUUUACCACGUCAAGAAAGUCACUUAACCUGUUGUUCAGUUGGAUCAAAUCUUAAAGUUCAAAGUUCAAGGUCUAGUUCAAGUUAGUACAGAAGAUGAGUGUUAUCUUUAAGAAAUUAACAGUAUUCUUUUGUACAUAGCCUGUAUAAUGUUACUGAAAAUGCAUUUACAGAAUACUGAGAGUAUUUAUGCCAAACCUCUCCGAAGAAGAACCCCUUUCAAUGGUUUUGUUUGCCUCUAUGUAUGGAUUGUUUAAUUGCUGCUGUUGUCACACUGACAUGUUGGCCUGUAUCGUUUACUGACUAGUAUGUAAAUAUUAUGAUAUUAUGAUUUUUGUGAGAUUUUGAAGAUUCCGUUGUUUUCUUGACUGUCGCUACACUGAUCAAUCUAAUUACCUGGAGAAUAUACUAUAAUUCUCAAUUUUCCAUUUAUACACUAGUUGUUACCCUUGCAUACAUGUUUCCAGAUUUUCAUACAAAACAAAGUUUCAUAUUUGAAACGACCACGGACAUUUGCUUUUUACUUGUAAAAAUGUUUAUUAAAUAUAGUAUGUCAAUGAUGAAAACAAUUAUAUCAUUCCAACAGAAACUGUUGUAGUUGUUUUAAAACAAAUCUAUGAGUGACAGUUUGUAACAAGGUUACGUUGCAGUUUGUUGUAAUAAUUAUGUUACAAGACUUGUAAAUAAUUGGAAUUUCACAUGAUAUUCAUUUAAUUCAUGUGACACCAAUGCUUCACGUACAAUAUGUGUCAAAUAUCGCCAACAUGAGCAACAAACAGAUUGUGAAAUAACUGUAAUCUUAUUCUGGGAUUCAGAUAUUUUUGAUGUAUAUUUUGAACGAGUAUGGAAAUAUUGAGACUAUAAGCCUAGUCGAAAUUUGUGAUGUAAAAGACGAAUUUUUACGAGUUUUGUUUGUUUAUUUUCGAGUUAAAAAUUAAAAUGGAAAGAAAAAGUCAUGUACAUAUAUAUACAUGUAAUACUAUAUCGAUGUUUGUAUCCAAGAAUUGUGCAACCUCAUAGUUUUGAGAGUGAUUUUGUAUAUUGUGUUAUAUAUAGUUUUGUAUAUAGUUUUCUAUAGAGUUUGUUCUUCGCCUCAAGUAUGUAUGACGUUCCUUGAGGCUUCCGUACAAUGCUAUCCAGUCUGGAAUUGUUCACACAUACGUUUUCUUGAGUAUCAUGUUUAUGUAUUACAGCUAGUAAGCGACUUCGGAGAUACUAUCUGCUACGUGGUUUUGUAGAGUUUCUUGCAAUUAAAUAUGAUUAGUAAUCACGGUAAUGCUCUUUCAAGCACGUGAGAGAGAAAUUAUUACGAACGAUCAUUUUCGUAAUGAUAACAUGAUUAUGUAUGAAUUAAUAAUGAGGGCAGUGUACAUUCUACAUUUUGUGACGGCAAGGAUCUGUCAUUUUUGUACUAUUUUUCUUAGUUCAUAAGUGAUACUCCGAUAAUGAAAGAAAUAUAGUGUUAUGUUACAAGUUUGAAUCAAAGAAAACUUUAGUGACCUUAAAAAUGUUAAUUGCCUACCAUACGGUAUUUUGUCUUUCUUUUUCUUUCAAAAAGAAACUGUGUUUUUAUGUUUUAAGCAAUUAUGUUGUCCUUUUUAUAAAUUCUAUCAGUCGUUUUACAUGUUUCCUUCAUAUUGAACUAAAAGUGUCAUACAUAAUGUCAAAGUAGAAAUUCACUGCUUUCAAACCUGCAGUCAUAGGUCAACGUUGAGUGUCGUUUUGAAACCAAUUUUGAUGAAUAAAAGUUUGCUAAAUGAUAAA